AUGCACUAAUUAGGAAAAUCUGGGAAAUCAAAGAGUUUUAAGGACUAUUCAAUUCUAAAAAAGGUUCAAUCUUUAUCAAGGCAUGAUGAUGCAGAAGUAGAUAAAUUAAGCAUCUUAAAAUAGAAAAGUUUUGAUUUAACAACUAGAAGAAAUAGCUCUAUUUUAACUUAAGAAUUUUUUAAUCAAUCAGGUUAAAUCCAACGUAUUACAAUAAUUAAAAAGUAUUUUCAGAUUAUAUAUUCAUCUAGUCCCAAUCAAUACAUAGAAAUGAAUUCAUUAUAAUAAAAGAUCUGGGAGAGGAUUUAAAAAUAUUCAUAAAAAUUAAUUGUAUUCAAUAUAUUAAUCAAUAUUAUAGGAUGAUUAAAGUAAUUUAUAAAUUAUUGUAUUGAAACCAGAUUAAGAAUAUGAAUUUGUGUUUAACAUAUCAAAAUUAUCUUGUUUUUCCAAAAUUAAAUAAUUAACUAAUAGUUUAUCAAGCCAUUUUUAUUCACUAACUAAUGUUUGUAAUUUAUUAAUCAAUAAUUUUAAGAAUUAUAAGACCCUUAUUUAUCAAUGCUAAUAGGAAAAAUUAAAACACAAAAAUUAGACAAUGAAAUGAGAUUAUUUGAGUUGUUAAAUAUCAUUAUGAAUGGAAAGAAGCUAUUAGUUCUACAAAGUAACAUUUAUAGUGAUGUUUGA